AGCUACUAGUUGCGCACAAAUAAAUCCACUACUUACAUAGCUACCAGUUGCACACAGGCAUAUUCAAAUUUUGCAACUCUGUUAAGCAUGUCCGGUCAAAAAUAUGGCAAGAGUGAAACUUACUUACGGCACAAUUUGAAGGUCGUGUCUAGGAACUCUUCUCUUAAACGUGACACUGGAAGCAAAACAUCUUCUUUACAAGCAGGUAGUCUGGAUCCAUCCGUUGGCCGAAAUACAUCUCUCCUAGACGGAACCUUCACACUUCAGCCCGAUGACGACCCUGCUACAGCGAGUAGUAUUCAUCUCCACGUAGGAUGCGGACGCUUGGGGCUAGGUCUUGUUAUACCUGCUCUAUGUGCAGACAAGCAGCAGACUUUGUUUGUGUUGCAAUCACCUUCCCCUGCCUGGGAUUCUCUGCGGGACAAGAAACUAUACAAAGUGCCAUUCUAUGUCAAUAACGAGGAGGGUGACACGUUCACCGUAAUCACAUCAUCGUACGGUCUGCGAGUUGCGCGCAAAAAGUUCAGGGCUAAUAAAGGGAACAAGGGGGGACGUUAUCUGGUCAUUUCAAACGACAAAGCCCUGAUCGGCGGCAUUGUCCGGUCUGCAACCUCCUUCUCCUGCUCUGUGGGUACUAAAGGCUUACAGAGUGUUGUUGUGAAUAUGUUGAAGGCCGGAGGUCUUUUGCAUAAGGACAACAGCUCCACGAAGGAGCAGAAGCGUGACGAGCUUGAUCCGAACAUGGAGAAGCUGCCUUCGCUAUACGCUUGCGAGAACGAUCACGCGGCUGUGGAUGCACUUGCAGAUGUAGUAAAGAAUGCAGUCACUGUGUUCCCAGUACUUGUAGACCGUAUCUGCACGGAUAGGCGCAUUACUGAGAACGGUGUAUACAUUGAUACAGAAGAAUACAAAGGCGAGAUGGUUGUCAUGGUUCCCGAGGGUGAUGAUGAAGAAGAUCCCGACGAUGAAGGGUUCUCCUGCCCUGAAACUGAGGCUUACAUAGCCUCAAGUCGAGGUGAUCUGGACAAGGAUUAUGACUCGUCCGGAGAUGAUAAUGACGAUGUUAGCAACGACAGUUCACCCUGGGCUAUGGCAGAUAACGCCGUCAUGCCUGGUGACAGCACUGUGGCACAGUUUCUACACCGUAGAAAGAUUCUAGGCGUAAACGGCUUGCACACAACGCUCGGGUUUUUAACCUUGGUUAAGGAGGAGCCUGAUCGCAUCGGGUUGCCUCUGGGCGAUCACAAGCUGUUAACCUGGGACUCGGCUACAGAAAAGGAGCAGCGGGUGAUCUGGUCGAUGUGCGUUGCGAGAAUAUUCAUUUUACUGCAGGAGUUUCCUAUGGAGGUCAUGCACAGAGCGCUCGUAGAGACGGGGGAUAUCGAAGUAGAGGCCUUCGGGGAAGAUGAAGAGAUGAUCGAUGAUGAGGCUAUUGAAGCUGUCCUGACGGCGCUGAUUGAGUAUAAUACGACUGGUCUAGAACGCACCAGCACUAUUGAUGACACUACCGGGCGAGUGUUGGGUGGUGGAGUGGUGAACCGGUACAACGGUAGGCUCAAGAAUGUGCAGAAGUUCGUGAGGAAAGAGCUCAAUACUAUCGAUGAGACUGGGGAGUUACUGCUGCAACUGAGUGAUCUGACUGAGAAUCAGAUGCGCAAGGGCGUGGCAUAUCUCGUCAGAGAGGCCGAACGGUUCACUCUCGAGCCACUUCCUGCGAAGCCCGAAUAGAAGACGGUAUAUCCCACCAUCCAGCACGGAUCUGGCAAGGGUGACAAGCACAUCACUGGAUGCCAGCUGCAAUCUAAAAGCUCCAACCAUAUAUCUAUAUUUUAGGCAUUCAUUCACGCGUAUGUCAGUACGCAAAUACCAAUUUCACACAGUCCAGUAUCUCGACAUCGGCUAUAGUGUGCGCUCGGUUCGUUCUACCGUGAAGGUUUUGCACAGUGGACUACUACGAUACUUUUGCCGAUAAAAGUGCUGGAACACCAUGACCUACUACACUAGCCUCGCAAAGAAGUAUGUACAUUGGUGCGCUUGAUGGCCACUAUCAGCACGAUUUCGGAGAUGUUAUGUGUCAUACUCACCGAUUCAAAUAAAAACGGCUUGUAACCUACC